CGUAGAUAGUAGUAGCCGUCGUAGUCGUAGUAGCAGUAGGUAGCGUACGCAGGAGCGGUAGGAACUGCAUUCGUAUUUGUGCGUAAACAGUGGGAGUGGUUAGGCUGACAGCCUGGCGUGACAACACUAUCGCUCUUAUCAGCAUCCUCUUAUAAAGUAAGCAGAUAUACUUGUGCUGGCCUGGUACUUCAAAGGAAGACAGAUCUGUGAGCUACUACAAUGGCAAAAUAUUAUACACCACAGCCCACUGUGACUCCUGCCUCUGGAUUCAGUGCAGCAGAUGAUGGCAUGGCGCUCAGGGCUGCAAUGAAAGGCUUCGGCACAGAUGAGCAAGCCAUCAUCGAUAUCCUUACUAAACGUUCAAACAUACAGCGCCAACAAAUUGCAAAGUUCUUCACAGAAGAAUAUGGCAGAGAUCUGAUUGAGGACCUAAAGAGUGAGUUAGGUGGACAUUUUGAAGAUGUGAUUUUAGCGCUGGUGAUCCCUCCAGCUGACUACCUCUGUAAACAACUGCACAAGGCCAUGGAAGGGAUGGGCACUGAUGAACACACACUGAUUGAAAUUCUGUGCAGCAAGAGCAAUAAGGAAAUAAAGGAAAUUGUGGAUGCAUAUGAGAGGUUGUAUGAUCGUCCAUUAGCAGAGCAUAUGUGCAGUGAAACAUCUGGAGACUUCCGACGACUUCUUACUCUCAUUGUUACUGAGAAGCAGGAUGAUAAUCGCUCACCCUCCUCUGAGUAUGCUGUGAGAAUGGCCACUCAGCUGCAUGAGUCAGGUGAGUUGAAAGUGGGAACAGAUGAAGAGGUGUUCAACCGGAUUUUGGCUCAUGAGAGCUUUCCUCAAUUGAAGCUCAUAUUUGAGGAAUAUAAGAAUGUAUCUGGACGUACUAUUGAACAAGCAUUACAGGCAGAACUGUCAGGAGAACUGCUGGAAGCCAUGCUGGCCAUAGUUGAAUGUGUCCAGAGUCCACCAGAAUUCUUUGCCAAGCGACUCCACAAGGUCAUGGCGGGAGGAGGAACUGAUGAUACGACUCUGAUUCGUAUUAUUGUGAGCCGCAGUGAGAUCGAUUUGGGGAAUAUCAAGCAGGAAUUUGAGCGUCUGUAUGACAAAACACUGGAAAGUGCUGUCAGGAAUGAAACAUCUGGAGACUACAAACGGGCUCUACUGGCACUGAUUGGUGGUCCAUAAAAUGGCUAGCAGGAUUGAUCUUCUCUCAGAGAUGGUGAAAAAUGAAUAAAUAUUAAUACAGUUCAUUUUAAUUAUAACUGUUAUAGCACUGAACUUUGUCUCCUCAACAAAAUAUUGUUUAUAUAAUUAACACAGAAUGAUGCUAGAAAUCUUAAACCACUUUCUCAGAAGUAUAUGUUUUGCGCUGUCUCAUUAGUAUUACCAUUAGUCACAUGAGAGUUUCAUGUGAAUUUGUUAGAAGUUGCAAUAAUGGUGUUGACAUUUGAUAUUAAUAUUAAGGUUACAAUAAUAGUUGUUACUUGGUGUAGGCAUGAUUAGAAAAACUGUGUAAGUACUUAUCUUCGUAUGAUGUUAGAGUAAGUUUGCGGUUAUAGGGAUGCAGCAAAUCGAAUUCCAGCUUUCCUGUAUGCAGGCACUUAUAUAAACAAUAACCUCACAAUUGUCACAUUGAUCAUAUUCUUUUUAUUUUUAUUCUAUUAAUU